UCACCAAUGGGCGUCCAAAAUUUGAUAGAGGGCGCAUCCGAGUCGGUGUUGGCCAUAGUGUUGGCACAUCAGCUGCCAUCAGCAACUGCCUACAGCGCUUCCGUGUCACAUACUCAGACCUCUAUUUGAUUAUUAAAUCUGUCAAGUGUUUACACGAUGGAUGAUCCUUACAAGUAUCAUGUUUUCUUCGAGGGUCCCCGUCUGGAUGAAGGGCAAAAGAAGAGAAUAGAAAACUAUUUCCACAUUCACCGCAAAUCAGGAGGUGGUGACUGCAGCUCAGUAAAACAUAUAAAUGAUAAAGUUUACAGCGUCGCUUUUAAAGAUCGAGAGGCUCAGCAGAGAGUCCUGCAGAGAUCUCAACAUGUGUUGGAGUUUGCGGGUGGUCCUCUGGUGCUGACUGUACGAGACAACCCAGACAUCUCCUCUCCCAUCACUACCUCCACUCCAGACUACUCAUUAAGCCCAAAACUGGACGUGACAGCCUCAUCCCAGAGUCUGCAAUCCAUUCUUGAUUCAAGCCUACCAUCAAGUGGUGAAGAAUAUGAACUACAACUUGAUACAUACCUCCUUUGUUACCUAAAGGAAAGUCCCAAGGCUGGGAAAGAACUUGAGAGAAAACUUGCCUCUGUGGCCUGCUCUGCUCAGCUUUACCCAGAAGAGGGGAGGGUUUUAGUCAGGAAUUUAGAUCAGCCUAGAGAUGGAGUCAAAAAGUGGGAAGCUGAGGUGGACAAACUGUUUGAAAGUGUUAAAGAACAGUACCUCUGCCACUAUGAGAUGGACCCUCACAAAGUCAAAGCUUUGCUUCGGUCCCGCAGCUCUCAUCAGACGACAGAUGAGGUGAAGUUGUACAGCGAGGUUGGGGUGGCUGUUGUGGUUGGGGAAAGAUCUCAGGUCAAUGCCAGAUUGAUGGAUGUAGAGGACUUAUACGUUAAAGGUCGAAGGUCACGUUUAUGUGAGAGGCAAACCAGCAUUCGUCAACUAGGCAAGGCCAAGCUCAGCCUCCUCUGGAAAGAGAUUGAGCAUAGUUUGCCACGAGAUUUCCCAGGAGUCAAGGUGACACAGGGAGAUGCAGGACAGUUAAUCCUGGAAGGUUCUGUGGAGGAGAUUCUUAAGGCUGGAGAUUGGAUCAGUGAGAAGGAGAAUAUAGUUUUAGAUAGAUCUGUUUCCAAUAUGAGCCCACAUCUUUUGACCUUCCUGAGAAAGGCAUAUGGAGGUCCAGGGCCUCUAGGUGACUUUUUAGGGGUUGGUGACAAGUUGGAAAUAGAGUUACGAGACACAGAGCUACACCUUUUCUCCCUCUUCACUGAUAAUCUGGAUGACACAGAAAAGGCACUGCAAGGCAAGUUCAAAGAAGUAAAUAUUGAUGUUCCUAACUGCUCUGCUGUGCCAUCUGAGCUUCGUGAAACACUUGAGUCCAAGGUAAAUGAGAUGAACCGAGGACAAUGUAGGGCUCGGGUUGUGUUUGGUGCAGGCAACACAGUGUGCUUACUGGGCCACACCAAAGAGGUUGAAGAGCUGAGUGAAGCUGUCACACAGUUCAUUUUGGACCAGUCAAGCGUUGAAGGCAAAGUUAUACUCCCUUUCCCAGAUUCAGCACAAUUCUUACCAGAAUUGCUGCAGCUGCACGGUUUUAACUAUUCAGGGGUUACCUUCCACCCUUUAACAUCUUCCUCUAGGCCCAUGGUGAUAUUGGAAGGACCAUCCAGAAAAGUGACUGAGGUCAGGAACAGGCUGGGUCCGUUUCUGGACUCCCUUGUUGAGGACAGAGUUGCCAUUGGCCUGCCAGGGGCAGUGAGGUAUUUUGAAAGUCCCUCCGGAAAAGAGAACCUUUUAAGCGUUGGUCAUUCUCAGAAGUGUGUAAUAAAGCUUCAAGAACAACCUAACUCUACUAGACAGAAUUUGGCAUCUGGAUUUAGUAAAGGGGGAACAACAUUUGCCAGCUACUGCCUUCGUGAUGGGCUCCAGGUGCUGGUGUGUCAGGGUGAUAUUACCAAACAGGAUGCUGAUGCCCUGGUAAACGCUGCCAAUGAGGAUCUGGACCAUUGUGGAGGUGUUGCUGCUGCACUGAGUAAAGCAGGUGGCCCUCAGGUGCAGAAGGAGAGCAGUGCUAUAGUAAAACAGACUGGAAAAGUUUCUACAGGUGAUGUGGUAGUGACCACAGGGGGGAACCUAAACUGCAAGAAACUGCUGCAUGCUGUUGGGCCUGUUGGUGGAAAAUCAGGUGGGAAAGAAAGGGUGUUACUGGAAAAAACAGUCGAGUCUGCUCUGAAUUUAGCAGAAAUGAUGGAGCUCAAGUCCAUAGCCAUGCCCUGUAUCAGCUCAGGUGUAUUUGGUGUCCCUGUCAGAGUGUGCUCAGAGGCUAUUGUAACAGCUGUUGAGAAGUUUGGUAGUCAGGGAGGGCGAAGUCUGAGCAGAAUCAUCCUGAUUGAUAACAGAGUAGAGGUGGUGAGAGCCAUGCAAGAAGCAUGUGACAGGCUUCUCCAAGCAAUAAGCACAGGAAACAGUACAUCAAGAGAUUUCGGUUUCCUGAUGGAUGCUGUUCCCCAAGACACAACAAGAGGAGCCAUUGCUGGAGCUCCUGGAGGUGGUGUCAAUGUACAGAUCGUUCAGGGAACCAUUGAGACCCAGCAGGUGGAUGUCCUUGUAUCUCCUAUGGCUAGCCAUGAUCCUCUCUCUACCCGUGUUGGAAAUGCUUUGUCCAACGUGGUUGGACCUCAGCUCACUGCAAAGUUUCAUAUGGAAGCAGGAGGAGCAACACUGCCUGGUGACACAGUCCUAGUGGAGGGCUUACCUGCACUUCGAUCUAAAGCAGUGAUCUUCCUGAACCUCGUUGCUUGGGAUAAUAACCAGCAUGGAACCGCAGUCCAGGUUCUGAGACAGGGAAUCAACAAAAUCCUGGCUUCCUGUGAAAACAAAGGUUUUUGUUCAGUUGCCUUCCCUGUACUUGGGACUGGUGCUGUCCUGCGUUUUCCUCACAGUAUGGCAUCCAGGGUUCUCCUGGAGGAGGUUUGUGUGUUUGAACAGAGCCGAGCUAGCAGAACAUCUUUCGUCGUCCGUAUCGUCAUUCACCCAAAUGACAAAGAAUCUAGCAAGGCCUUCCAGUCUGCUCAGGAAACUUUGCAUCUCAGAGGGUUCACAAAUGAUGCUAACCCAGAUCAAGCUUCCUUUUACCGCCAUGUCUCUGUGACUAAUGAUGAGGUCACAGCCAUGCUGGGUGGAGUUAAGCUGCAAAUGGUCCGUGGUGACAUUGUGAAUGCAAGCACUGAUGUCAUUGUCAACACAACGGACUUCUCUAACAACCAAUCUGGUGUCUCCAAAGCCAUUCUGACUGCAGCGGGGUCCACUGUCCAAGCAGAGUUAGCACAAGUGGGGACUCCAGCAGACUACAUGUGCACCACAGGAUCUGGGUUGCUUGGCUGUAGGGAAAUUAUUCACGCUAGUUUUAAGUGUGAACCUCAGACGAUUCGCAAGAACUGCAAAAAGAUACUGAAGCAGUGUGAGAGCAAAGGCUACCGCUCAGCAGCCUUCCCAGCCAUCAAUACUGGUGUGGCUGGUAUGGACUCUAUUCAAGCUUGUAAAGCCAUGUUGGAUGGCAUGGCCUCGGCUAUUACAGACUUGAAACCAACUUCCCUCUCACUCAUUCGCAUUGUCAUCCUGCAACAACAGGUCUUCCAGGCUUUUAGAUCGGAGCUGGAGAACCGAUUUGGACAAACCGCCCCUUGUCGCCUCAGCCUGAGAGAAAAAGCAAAACAAAAGCUCAAGAAGUGGCAAGAAAAGUAUUCAAGAACCUCCACAUCUUCAGCACCAGAAGGCAAAACCUUCAUCUCCUCAAAGCCCCAGCCAGCUGACAUAAGGGUGAUUGGUUGUGGUUCAGACAUCAUCAGGACCAUCAAGAUAGAUUUGGAGAGGAUCCUGCAGCAGCAGCUGAUAGAAAGAGAGGUGGAUGUGCAUCAUUUUUCCAAGCUUGAUGCCAUGGAGCUGGAGGCAGUACAUGCAAAAGUCAAACAACUAGGAAUAAGCCUGGAACACAGGAGACGUCAACAUUAUGACAGUGUGAAUGGCAACAGAGCUAGAGCUGAAGCUAGAGACUGGUCAGCCUCAGGAGAAGAUGUCUAUGUGCUGAGAGGCCUAAAAGAGGAUGUUCUGAGCGUCACUGACCUGGUAAACAGAGCAGUCCAAAAAGCCCUUUACGAAGACCUCCAAGAUAAAGAUGAAGCAAUGUUGGCUCUUAAUGUCCAGUGGUCAAUGCGAGAUCUACAUGGAGUCUGGCAGGAGCUGAGCCUGCAUGACAACUCUGAGUUGGAGAAGGCUCGUAUGAAGAAACAAGUGUCUGUAGAUGUGAAGGCACCAGGUGGCAUGAUGGUGAAAGUAAACCUGACAGCACAAGAAGCCACAGAUUGGAUAACAGGCAUCACUUUCAAAGUGAAAAGGAGCGAGACUGAAUCAAACUUCGAGUUGCCACAACACUGGGAACCUAUGCAUGAAGAAGUCUUUAAAAAGGUCGAGCUGCAACCUAACUCAACAGAGUACCAGAACAUAGUCAAGGGUUUCUGUAAAACAACUCAAUACAACAUCCAUAAAAUUGAGCGAGUGCAAAACCUCUACCUAUGGCAUGCCUAUGCUGUGUGUAGGCAGCGUAUACACACCAAGAACGGUGCAGCUCAUCUUGGGGAGAAGUCUCUCUACCAUGGAUCAUCAGCACAGUCAUGCAACUUAAUUGAAAGGGACAGAUUUGACAGGAGCUUUGCAGGAACACAUGCUGCUGUGUUUGGAAAGGGAGUUUACUUCGCAGUCAAUGCAGACUAUUCGGCCAGAGGAUAUUCCUCAGCAGAUGCAGCAGGUCUGAAGCGGUUGUAUGUUGCUCGUGUCCUGACCGGUCGUUAUACAGUUGGUAAAUCCUCUAUGAGAGCCCCCCCUCCCCGUGGGUCUGACCCCACUGACUGCUACGACAGUUUGGUGGACAAUCAGCAGCAGCCCUCCAUGUUUGUGAUCUUCCACGAUGACCAGGCCUACCCAGAAUACCUUAUCACCUUCAGCUAAGUAAAAACUGUGAAAAGUUAUGGUUCAGUAUUGUAUGGUGGUGUCACAAUGACCCGUUUUAAAAUAGUAAUCAGCUUAGAAUGUGCCUUAAAUCCCUACUUUUGGUUAAUGCUGUAAUUUAUUUUUUCCUGAUUUGAUUUUGAGCGGUGUUGAUUUCCCAGAAACACAAAAGCACUUUAUAGUAUAACAAAAACAGCCAGAUGUGGGGACAAAUAAACAAGAUGUCAUCUCUGCUGAACGACCACAGCACUGUAGAGUGAUCAGAUUUUGAACAUAGCAUGUAGUUAAUUAUAACAUUAACCACCUGUAUUGAACAACCAGUAUUGAAGGACUGUUACCACUGAAACAUACCUUGAAAUUAUGCUUUUUUGGAAAUCCAUUUUAUUUUCUGACCUACAAAUGUCUUGCUACAGUAUAAAAAA